GAUGGCAAUACAGAUCACAUGACCCCUCUCAUCCAGACUGCAUGCAGUUUGGUAUUAAAAAUGUUUUCAGUACAACCAUCCAUUGUAUUGUUACACAUUUGAGAAAUUAAGAAUACAUGUUGAGCUCUUUAAAACGAAUUACAGCAUCACAUUGAUAACCGGGACUAACGGCGCUCGUGGCGAACAACGUUGCAGCUGUUAUUUUUGAGGUUGUAUCCAAAAAGUGCAGAAGAGCUACUGUAGGCAGAACAAGCAGCUAGCUAACGGCGGCGAGGCCCCAACCGGACGGGAACACGGGGGAACCAUGGCCAACAUCGCAGUUCAGAGGAUAAAACGUGAAUUCAAGGAGGUGCUCAAAAGUGAAGAGACGAGCAAAAACCAGAUAAAGGUGGAUCUGGUGGAUGAGAACUUCACAGAACUUAAAGGGGAGAUAGCAGGGCCGCCUGACACACCAUAUGAAGGGGGUAGAUAUCAACUAGAAAUAAAAAUUCCAGAGACAUAUCCAUUCAAUCCACCCAAGGUGCGGUUUAUCACAAAGAUCUGGCAUCCCAACAUCAGCUCAGUCACAGGUGCAAUAUGUCUGGACAUUCUCAAAGACCAGUGGGCAGCAGCUAUGACACUGAGGACGGUCCUCUUGUCACUACAAGCUUUAUUGGCAGCCGCAGAACCAGAUGAUCCACAGGACGCAGUGGUAGCCAAUCAGUACAAGCAGAAUCCAGAGAUGUUCAAACAGACAGCGAGGCUCUGGUCUCAUGUUUAUGCAGGCGCUCCCGUCUCAAGUCCCGAGUACACACGCAAAAUAGACAAACUCUGUUCCAUGGGCUUUGAAAAAAAUGCAGUAAUAGUGGCGUUGUCGUCGAAAUCCUGGGACGUGGAGACAGCGACAGAGCUACUGCUCAGUAACUGAAUCUUGACACCCUCUUCAUCAUCUUCUUCUUGAUCGCUUUACCCCCUCCACACACACACACACACACACACACACACACACACACACACACACACACACACACACACACACACCCCCGGUCUCCUCUGAAUUCCCGCUGUCUGAAGGCGUCUUCCCCCCUGUUGCACCCUCUGUUUCACUGUGGACUCCUCACCUCCACACUUCCCCUCUUCUCCACCCGCCCCUUUAUCCCCUGUGUGUGGCAUCUCUCCUCCCUGCUCAUCACCUCUGCUGUACCUCACUCCAAUCAGUCGCUCUGUGAGCUCUCAUCUCUGGUUUCUUUUAAGUUCAUUCGACAUUCCACUCAGUGCUACAAUCAGAACUUCAACCACAUCUUCACCCCCUUCGAAGCGAAAUGCCAGACUUAAGACCCCGCCCCUCUCCCAGCUUUUCUGGCUGUGUCCAAGAAGUGGCUGUCAGCGGCUUAUCCUUGCCUAUGCAGUGCAUUUAGUUUCAUUUGUGAAAAACCUUUGUAGGAGCAAGUUAAGCCAUUCAAGGAGGCUCUUUUGGACCUGUUUGUUUUUUUACACACUUAUGGGCCGGUUUUCUUAACAGGUAAUGAGCAGAGUCCGAGACUAAACACAUCUUUACAUUAAUAUCACUUCUGUAAUUUGUUUGCGCUGUGUCCAACGUCACUACCUUCACUCGUCUCACACAACCAACAUUUUGGGGGUAUUGUAUAGUGGCAUAGGUUACUUGUAAUUUAGUAAAUUUUGGACAUUAAAAUAAAAUUGUGGUAAUGUAAGUAUAGUAGCAAACAUGGAGUUAUACAGCCACAGUGUAGGGCGAGUCUUAUUCCCUGUUCUGGAAAACAGUUCAUAAAGUGUCACCGAGGUGUUCUCACACACACGUUUCUCACACUUCAACUGUUUGACGAACCCAAAGCUUCUGCAGCGAACCCCAGCUCCCAUCCCCCACAUCUAUUUCUUGACAUGGCUUACUUCACCUGUCCCUUUCCCCACAUUUUUUAAAACUUUUAUUUGCUUUUGGCCUCAUGCAGGAAUACAUUUGGAUUCUUGUUUUUAAACUGAAAGAAAACAAAACAAAAAAAACUUGUUCAGCAGUAACACAACCUGUCACAAGUCUGGAUGGAAAGGGUUCAAAAUGAGUUUGAAAAAUAUUGCAUCAUCUUAACUGCGCCAACAGAUAAAUAUGUCAAAAUGAUUCAUCUGUAAAUAAAGAUAUUAAAGUCUGUGUAAAUUAA